AUGAAUUCUUCAUACUCUUUGGUGACAAAAUUGUUUUCAAAAUCAUCUAGUAACAUACCAAGAUUGCUUGUGAAAAAUGCUCUACCUUCCAGAUCGUUUAACAACUCAUCGUUGAGGUUAGCAAGCAGCCAAUUACCAAUAGAUCAAGCUCAAUUGACCCAUGAUUUCCAGGGAUUGUCAUUAAAAGACUUAAAAAAGCAAUGUGCAUUACGUGGAUUGAAAGUAUCGGGUAAAAAGUCUAUACUUUUAGGUCGAUUGAUUGAAUUUGAUACAACGUCGCCAUUAAAUAUACCAAAAGCAAGCAUCGAUUCUCUGAAGAAUACACCCAUUCAAAAUGCAAAAGUUCCAGCUGCUUUAAAAAAAUUACAGAAUUUGAAAAAUAAGAACAAUAUCAAGCAUUCUAAAGAAGAAAUUUUAGGAGAUUCGAAUACCUCUCCAAUUGUAAAAUCCACACCUGUAUCUGCUGACCCAAGCCCGUGUGAGGCAAAGUCUACAGAAACUAUUGAGCAAGUUCAAAAGCCAACUAAUAAAAUCCAUCAGGCCAUUGAUCAGACUACGAACUCUGAAACUAAGAAGUAUGAACUCGAGCAACAAUCGAAGAGUAUCAAUGAUGCAUGCAUUGCUCCUGAAAAAGAUGUAGUUGAAUCUAACAAUCUAAAUAUUGAAUUAUCAGCACAAGAUAACUUGAAAGCGCAUACCAAUAAAACGAAUCAAGAAGAAAUUACAAGACAAAUCAAGGAAGAAGAACUUGCCAAAAAAUCUGAACACGAAGAACUUGCCAAGAAAGCUGAACGAGAUGAACUCACAAGUGAACCCAAUGAAUCGAACAUGCUGAAGCAAUCCACAUUAAACAAAAAGCCAAAAUCAAAUGAAAACAGCAAACCAGAAAGUGUUAUAAUCGAACAACCAAGAACACCCGUAACCAAUUUUUCUAAGCAAAAUUACAAAAAUUCUAAACCGAACGCAACUACCGUAAUAACAUUAGGGGCGUUAGCAGCUCUUUGGUGGGGUCUACAUGAUGCUAGAGUUAAGAAAAAUGAUGAAGAAGGUAAAUAA